AUGAAGUUCCGCGAAGUCCUCGGCUCUGUGAAGAUGACGGCCUGGGUGGCGGUGGCGCUGUGCUGCUGGGACUGGGCCCUCGCAGACUACGACUUCCCCUGGAUGACGGCAGACGGCGCUCCGCCUACCUUCAGGAUCAACACGUCUGAAUACGAGUUCGCGCAUGCCAUCGUCAGGCCAGGCGAGUCCAAAAAGGAAGAGAUCGAGGGGCCUCGCCUGCUGAGUCGCAAAUGGCAGCGCCUCGUCGUGUCCAGGGGCUCCUCCAUCACGCUCAACUGCUCCGUGGCCGACCCCGGAGACAUCUCGGUAACUUGGGCGAGGAAUAAAGAGGUUCUCACAGUUGACAGAUACAGGUUCAGCAGCGACACCCGGCUGAGCCCUCUGCACGAGCCCGGAUCCCGAGAUUACAACCUCAGAUUCUCCAACGUCACGCCGGCGGACUCGGCUGUUUACGAGUGCCACGUUGGGACUCGGCCCGAGCAGAUUGCACGGGUCAAGCUGUCUGUCAUAGAUGCCUACUCGGUGAUCUUCGGGUCGUCGGAGGUGGCGGUGCCCAAGGGCGGGACGCUGUACCUGCUGUGCAUGGUGCUGCAGGUGUUCGACAUCCCCGAGUACAUCAUCUGGUAUCGGAACAGCACCAUACUUGAGUACAACAGGAUGACUAUUUCGGUCGUGACGGAGGAAGAGACUCGCUCCAGCGAACUCAGGAUCCGCAACAUAACGUUCGCGGACGCCGGCAGGUACACGUGCCAGCCCUCGAACGCGUCGCCGGCGCACGUCCAGGUGGAGGUGAUUCGUGACACAAAGAACAAAUCUGGGAAGGCGCAGAAGUGCGACGACUGCGUGCUAUUCCUGCAGCUGGGGGCGACCUUCGCUUUCUUCACCAUCAGUUUCAUCGUGGCCUUCUGCGUGCACGGCCGCCGCAGAAACCCUUGCAAUGACCACCACCUCUCGCAGGAUCGCUACGUCCCGCCAGAUAUUGACAAAUCGCUAUAA